CUCCGAUUUCCUGUCACAUGAUUCGAAAUAGGAUCCUUUGCGUUCUACUAUCUCGUGUGUCUGUGUGGUGCGGAUCUGCCUUGAAGUUCAGACGCCCUUUGGAGGUGGCUUUAACUGGGACCGCCAGAUUUCGACUUGACGUUUCAGAUUCGGGUUUGCAACGUCCAAAACAAGUCACCUGCGAGCCAUCUCUCCGACUGCUCAAAAGAAGACCGCAGUACAGCCGUUCGCCCUGAAGUUGUGCGAUGGAUUCUUUGACAAUUGCUACGCUGCUUGUAGCUGGGGUUCUCUCCGCAACAAGCGCAGCACAACUGGAGACGGAAUGUUACACAGCCAAUGGGAAGGAUUACAGAGGCCGCCAGAACCAGACCUGUCUUCUGGGCGGGAAGCCCUGCCUUUUCUGGAACGAAACCUUCCAGCACCCGUACAACACCCUCAAGUACCCUAAUGGAGAAGGAGGACUGGGCUCCCACAACUACUGCAGGAACCCAGACGGUGACGUUCGGCCUUGGUGCUACAUCACAGACCACGACGACGGCAUCUACUGGAAGUACUGCGACAUUCCCACCUGCCAGAUGCCUGGAAACCUGGGCUGCUUCAAGGACAGCGGCGACCCCCCCACGCUGACCGGGAGCAGCGAGACCUCCAACAAGCUCACCAUCCAGAACUGCAUCAGCUUAUGCCGCAGGCAGAGGUACAAGCUCGCGGGGAUGGAGUCGGGAUACGCCUGUUUCUGCGGCAACGACCCCGACUACCGUCGCCACGGAGAGGCGGCCAGCACCGAGUGCAACCACGUGUGCUUCGGCGACCACACCCAGCCCUGCGGCGGAGACGGGCGCGUCAUCAUCUUCGACACUAGGGUGGGGGCCUGUGGGGGAAACUACACCCAGCCGUCCGCCGUGGUGUACUCCCCGGACUUCCCGGACAACUACGGGACGGGCCGCGUCUGCUACUGGACCAUCCAGGUGCCCGGCGCCUCUGUCAUUCUCUUCAACUUCACCUUCUUCGACAUCGUGGACCAGACGGACAUGGUGGAGCUGCUGGACGGCCACUCCAACCAGGUGGUGGCGCGCUUCGACGGCCGGCACCCGCCCCGGGAGACCAUCAACGUCACCGCCAACUUCGUCAUCCUGUACUUCUACUCGGACAGGACCAAUCAGGCGCAAGGAUUCGCAGUCCAUUACCAAGCGCUGAAAGGACCGGGGCGGCGGACGGGCGAGGAAGACGUGAUGGACGAGGAAGAGGAGGAGGAGGACGUCGGCGGCACGGUGGAGCCUCCGUACGAGGGUGUGACGGAGAAGUCCAACGACAGCCGCUCCUCCCAGAUCCUCUACGUCAUCACGUCCAGCCCCGGCAAGCCAGACCACAACAUGCCAGUUUGGACCAUCUACGUCCUAGCGGCUCUCUUGACGCUCACCGUCAUCGCCAUGGUGGCGAAACUGCUCUUGCACAUCACAGUAAAGUCUCCAACCAUACCCUCCAUCAGCGGCUCGGAGGCCUGCGGCCAGAGCCCCGCUUCGGAGCCCUGGAUCAUCUUCUACCGGCCGUCCACCAUAUCCUUCUUCAAGAAGAAGCUAAAGAAUCACCACGGCGACCUCAGCCCCCUGGUGGGCAACUAGGAAGCCACCUCCCCACCAGGCGUCCUCAGCAGGAAGCCAGUUUCCAGGCUGCGCUGGCCCGUUACUUCAAACUUUCUUGGGGUAGAGGGUGAGGGAGAGGGGAGGAGCUAAAACCAAGCUAACACAAACGACUGAACAGCUAACUGC